AUGGAGGGGCACGACGAGUUGAAGGCGGAAAUGGGCCCAGUGAGGCCUGUCGAGGCCGAACCUGAGCCGGCGGAUGAGGCCAGCUCAGUGCCCACCGUCGAGGAGGAGAAAAUGGAGCGCAAUUUGAUUUGGAAAAUUGACUUGUACAUCCUGCCUUUCGUUGUACUGCUGUAUCUGUUUUCGUUCCUUGAUCGAGUAAACAUUGGAAAUGCACGCCUGUACGGUCUGGAAGAAGACUUGGGUCUAGUCGGAGACCAAUACCAAAUCGCAGUGUCCAUUUUGUUCGUCACUUAUUGUUUCUUCGAGGUGCCCUCAAAUCUGGUUAUCAAGAAAUUGAGACCAUCUCGAUACAUCGCAGCCAUCUCUGUGAUAUGGGGUAUCAUCGCAACCCUCACGGGUAUCUGCCAAAGCUACGGCGGUCUCCUUGCCUGCCGGAUUCUUCUGGGAGUUGUUGAGGCAGGGCUCUUUCCAGGCUUAAUGACCUACCUUACCCUCUUCUACAGUAAGAGAGAGAUCGCCCUACGAACCGGGUACCUAUUCAGCAGCGCUGCCAUUGCGGGUGCCUUUGGCGGUCUUCUCGCCUACGGCAUUGGGUUCAUGGAUGGCAUCGCCGGACUACGUGGUUGGCGCUGGAUUAUGAUUCUCGAAGGUAUCCCUACCGUCAUCCUAGGUGUGGCAACCUGGUUCUUCCUGGCGGAUGACCCCGACACGGCAUAUUAUCUCAAUGAAGAAGAGCGGGCACUCGUCGUCCGUCGCCGAAGUCGCUACAUCGGUCAAACAGCAUCUGCUCAAAAGUUCCACUGGGCGGAUGUCAAAGAAGGUGCGCUCGAUUGGAAGAUCUAUGCCUUUUGCAUCGGCCAGUUUGGUGUGGAUACCAUGUUAUACGGCUAUAGCACAUUCCUACCCACCAUCAUCAAAGGAAUGGGUAAAUGGUCCACGCCCGAGGUCCAGGCUUUGACAAUCCCAUGCUACGGCCUCGGCGCUAUCGUCUAUCUUGGUGUGGCCUGGUUGAGCGAUCGGACUCAGCACCGUGCAUUCUUCAUUUGCCUCUUCAGUGCUAUUUCGGUCGUUGGAUAUGGCAUUCUAAUCUCAGAUUCCUCGUCGGGAGUACACUAUUUCGGCGCCUUACUCGUCGCACUGGGUCUCUACGUUACAGUCGGCCUCCCACUGGCCUGGCUACCAACCAAUCUACCACGAUACGGCAAACGCACCUUCGCCACAGGUCUACAACUCACAUUCGGCAAUAUCAGCGGUGUCAUGUCUCCGUUCUUGUACAAGAACUCGGAGGGGCCGCGCUUCGUACGUGGAAAUGCCGUUACUCUGGCAUUGGUGGGAUUCGCUGGGGUGGUGUAUGGUGUGAUGUGGUUCUGUCUGGGUGCGAUUAACAAGCGUCGCGCUCGCGGUCUUGAAGAUGAGAAAAUUGCCUCUUUAUCCGAGGCGGAAAUUCAAGAACUCGGUGAUCGCAAUCCUCGAUUCCGGUAUAGUACUUGA